AUGGCACAUGCCUGUAAUCCUAACCACUCAGAGUCGCAGAAGAAGGAGCCACAGCGACGCAAGACAGCAGCUACCACAGGCUCGGGAGUAAAAGUCCCUCGAAAUUUCCUACUGUUGGAAGAGCUGGAAGAAGCCAGAAAAGGGUAGGCGACGCGCACAGUUAGCUGGAGUCUAGAGGAUGAUGAAGAUAUGACACUUACAAGAUGGGUAGGGAUGAUAAUUGGGCCUCCAGUGGUGGACCCAAGAGCAACAGCAGCGCUGGCCAAGUGGCAGAAUACCCACAGCGUCAGAGUCAUCCUGCAGGAACUUCGACGCUUGAUGAUGUCAAAAAAGAUCAUGAAGCUGUCACAGCCACCAGAAGGACAGUGUUACAGCAACUAG